AUGCUCCAUCAGUUUAAUUCUUUUGUAAUUAGGUUCAGACAACUGUCACAAUUUCCAAAUAUCGGUGAAUGUAGCCUCAUACUUAAAGAGCGACCAAUUAAUCACCAUCAAUAUAAUCUUCCAACUGCAAAACAAGUUGCGGCAAUUAUUAUUGGAGGAGGUUCAGAUUAUAUGGAAUAUGGAAGGGAUAUUAAUGUCAUUCGGCAUGAUGGAAAUCUAAAGAAAGUUCAAGAGACAAAGGGAUAUUAUGAUCUGUUGCAGUAUCCUAUAUUGUUUCCAUUUGGGACACAGGGUUGGGACGUUAACAUAACAAAUUAUAAUGGAUGA